AUGGAAGGUUUUUUGGAAGAAGAAGAAUUUUGUGCUUUAUAUGAUGUAAACAGCACAGAUUAUCCUGUAUUUGAGCAUGGAAAGUAUGGAAGAUUCGACCUGAAUGAAGUUUCCGAGGAAGAUUGCUUCAGCCGCUUUCGUUUUAGCGACAAGGUCAUUUCCUACCUCGGCCGUAUUUUGCGUCUACCGGAAAAAUUUGUGUGCGAAAAUCGAACAGCGGCCUAUACAGAGGAAGGGCUGUGUAUUCUCUUGCAACGUUUGGCUUAUCCAUGCCGUUAUCCAGGCAUGAUAACUCAGUUUGGGAGGUCUCCGCAGGAGCUCAGUCUGAUAGCCAACAAGGUGAUGGAUGAGAUUUAUGAACAGCACGGGCAUCUGCUGACUACCCUUGACCCCCUUCACCACCCCUGGCUGACGCGACAGAGACUUAGGGAAAUGGCUGAUGCUGUUUAUGCGAAGGGUGCUGCACUUCCAAAUUGCUGGGGGUUUGUAGAUGGCACUGUA